AUGGCAUUCUUGGAUCUUGGUCUCCUGGUUGUGGCUAUUGCACUGGUCUGGUCUGCCAGUGGGGCUAAUAGAUCACUCCAAGCUUCCAUUGGGUUUGCAAUCUUUGGUUAUGUUUCAACAAACUAUCUAAUACCCAGAUUAGCACCAUCUUUUACUAAAAUUGGUCUUUUUGGUAAAGAUCUCUCCAAACCGAAUAAGCCAAUAAUCCCUGAAACGGUUGGUGCUGUCGCUGCUACAUCUUAUUUAUUCGUCAUGUUUUUCUUCAUCCCAUUCUUAUUUUAUAAAUAUCUUGUCACUUCAACAACAGGUGGUGGUAAUAGAGAAGGUGGUACAAAUCUCGGUGAUGAUAAUACUGAAUUGUUUCCACAUGAUAAACUAGCAGGGUAUCUAAGUGCCAUUUUGUGUCUUGAAAGUACAGUUUUAUUGGGUGUUGCUGAUGAUUUGUUUGAUAUUAGAUGGAGACAUAAAUUCUUCUUGCCAGCUAUAGCGGCUAUCCCAUUAUUAAUUGUCUAUUAUGUUGAUUUUGGUAUUACACACGUUUUGGUUCCAACCCAAUUUUUACAAGAUUAUUUCCAAACUACAUUGAUUGAAUUAGGUGGGUUUUAUUAUGUUUAUAUGGCUGCAGUUGCAAUUUUUUGUCCAAAUUCAAUCAACAUCUUGGCUGGUGUUAAUGGAUUAGAAGUUGGCCAAAGUGUUGUUCUUGCCAUUAUUCUAUUGAUCAAUGAUGGUUGUUAUUUAAUCUCGGGUCAAGUACCAGCUAGGGAAUCGCAUUUAUUUUCAGCUUGUCUAUUGUUCCCAUUCUUGGGUGUUUCAUUAGCAUUGUUAAAAUACAAUUGGUGGCCUUCACAAGUGUUUGUUGGUGACACUUAUUGUUAUUUUGCAGGUAUGGUAUUUGCAGUUGUUGGAAUCUUGGGACAUUUCUCGAAAACAUUGUUAUUGUUUUUCAUACCACAAAUUUUCAACUUUAUGUAUUCAGUUCCUCAAUUAUUUGGAAUAAUUCCUUGCCCAAGACAUAGAAUGCCAAGAUUCAAUUUGGAAGAUGGAUUCAUGUAUCCAUCUCAUGCUAAAUUUGAGAAACCGUUGCCAACUGUAAUUGAAAAAGUGUUGUACUUAUUGAACAAUUUGAAAUUGUUAAAGAUUGUUGAAGGUGAAAUUGAAGUUGAAAAAAACGGCAAGACAAUUAAAAAGAAGGCCAUUACAGAAUCAAACAACUUUACAUUGAUCAACUUGGUGUUGGUUUGGUUUGGACCUUUAAGAGAAGAUAAAUUAUGUUUGACUUUGUUAAUUAUUCAAUUCAGUAUCGGAAUGUUAGCUAUAGUGGGGAGACAUACUAUUGGACCAUGGUUAUUUGGCUAUGAUAACUUGUGGGUUGUACAAUAA